UGUCAAGUAGUGAUUUCUUAUCCCAGAAUCUAGAGUCUUUGAUUACUGUGUCUUGUAUACUUAAACCUAUUUCAUUGAUCCACCACUCUUAUUUUUUUAGCCAGUAUCAAAUAGUUUUGAUGAUUAAUUUAUAAUAUAGGUUUGGAUAUGGUAUGUAUGGUUAGGCUACCUUUGCAUUUUUUUCAUUAUUCCCUUGAUAUUCUUGGCCUUUGAAGUUCUUCUAGAUUAGUUAAUUUUGUUAUUGUUGUUUUUCUAGCUAAGAGAGUAGUAUCUCAGGGAGAGAAAGCGAACAGAAAGUCAGAAGAGGGUGAUCAGCAGUGUCAGAGGCUACAGAAAUGUUCAGAAGAAUGAGGAUGAAAGGCCAUUGCAUUAGACAAUUAAGACAUUUUGGAGAGAGCCUGUUUUGUUGAAUGAUAAAAUCAGGAAACAUUGUAGAGAAUAAGAAAGGAGAGGAAAGAACAGUGGAGGCACUUAUUGUAGAACAACUUUCUCUUGAAGUUUAGCCACAAAAGAUAGGAGAGUUGGAAAGAUACAAAGGAUGGAAAGAUCAAUUGAGGACUUUUUUGAGGCAGGGGAGACUUUGGGCAUGUUUGUAGACAGGAACCAGUAGACAGAGAGAAAUUGAAGAUAACUGAGAGAGUGAAGAUAUGUGUGUAGAUUAUUUUCACAAAGAUUUUAUAGAAAUGGAAAGUAGCUAUAUUGAUUGCUUUGAGUAGUAAUGUAUCACUUUUUUCAAGCAUCUGGUGUAUCCUUCUCUAUUUAAGAUGUCUUUGGCCUAGAUCCAACAAUGUCUUCAGAAUAAAUCUCCUUAUCUUAAGUAUCAUGUCUAGACUGUCUAGACUGAUUCUGCCGUUUAUGAUUUGUGAUUAAGUUGCUUCCUGGUCCACCAAGGCUGGUACCAUUUUGGACUCUGCAUUCCACUACAUUAUUGAACUUCAGUCAAGUGCCAAAUUUUGACCUUUCUCUUGACCUGUUGUAUUUUCUUUACCCAUAUUAUCUAUCAUCUCCUUAACUCAGACUCUUGUCACUUCUUGCCCCUACUUCUUUUCUUCACUGUCUUUAUCCCCCAUACUUGAUUGCCCAAGAAAAGUGUCUUCAGUGGUUCUCAAUUGCCUUUAGUAGAAAAUAUUUGCUCCCCUCAUAGUCUGCUUCUAACCUUUUGUUCUAGGUUGUUCUGCAACAACCUUUUGUUGAUAUAUUUCACAAUAAUUGCCCUUAUUAGUCUGUUGAAAUAUUUCAUUAUAAGCUACUUAUACUCACAUUUUAUGCUUUACGUCCCUUUGUAUUGGUCAUCUACCUGCAAUAUUUUCAGGUACAACCUUCUAUGCAAAGCUUUUCCAUAUUCCCCCUAAUCACUUAAUUUAUAUUUAUUUUCUUGUAUUGUGUGACAGUUGCAUGACAGUGAAUUUGGGUUUUUAUUAUCUGAAGAAAUAAAUGGGCUUUUUGCUUAACAAAUUAUUUUUGUUUUCAUCUCAGAAUCAUUUUAAAGAUCAUUUCUAUUUUGUGCAUAGUUGGUGCUAAGUAUAGUUCAUUAAAACAGCUAUUGUCUUGAUUUUUGUGUGAGAUUUUCUAACCUUUUAAUAUAUUUUCCCUGCUGAUUCUUAAAAUAUAUCCUUGAUGGAUUAAUACCUUUGUCAGACAUGAACCUAAGGCAAACUCAUUAAGGUAAACUACCUACUUGUCAGGUAGAGCUAUUUUUCUAUUAAAAUAAAAAUUUGGGAGCAGUAGAAAUGGGGCAAAAACAAAUCAUCUCUGGAUUUGUUCCUGUCAUUUUUUCUUUAUGAAAAAUCAAGAGUUGACAGCACUUCAAUCUUGGUUGACUCAUUUAUGUUGUAACCUUUGCUGUCACUGGAUUUCACGUUGUUCUUUAAGUUUGACUAAGCUAUUACUAACUAUCUUGACUCACAUUUCCCAGGAUCUAGUUCAAGGACUUGUCCUAACUUGUCUCUGGAGAUUUCUCUUUUAAGUACUACUGAAAUACUUUUAGCAUCCUUAUCUCAGUAAUUCUCAGUGAAGGGUGUUCUGGAGCUUAGAGAGGAAGAGAAAAGAAGGGAGACAAAUUCAGGGAAGGAGGAAUAAUUUGAAAAUUGGACCUGAAGCCUACAGAUUGCAACUUCACUGCCAAAAUGUCAUUAUCUUCAAUUACUGCACAUUGUUCAGCAUCUGAAAAUGCUUGCAGAAUUUCACCAGGACAGGUCAAUCAGGUACGACCAAAACUGCCAUUGCUAAAGAUUUUGCAGGCAGCAGGUGCACAAGGUGAAAUGUUCACUAUGAAAGAGGUCAUGCAUUAUCUAGGCCAGUAUAUAAUGGUGAAGCAGCUUUAUGAUCAGCAAGAGCAACACAUGGUAUAUUGUGGUGGAGAUCUUCUAGGAGAGCUACUAGGACUUCAGAGCUUUUCUGUGAAAGAUCCAAGUCCGCUAUAUGACAUGCUGAGAAAGAAUCUGGUUACUGCAACUGUUACAGAUGCUGCACAGACUCUCGCUCUCGCACAGGAUCAGAGUAUGGAUAUUCCAAGCCGAGAUCAACUGAAGCAAGGUACGGAGGGAAUUUCAAACCCCAGGAAUGGACCUGAAGAAGGUGAUGUUCCUGCUUUGUCUACCUCACAGCAUAAAUGCAGAAAUCCAAGAUCAGAUGAAGACUUGAUAGAAAAUUUAACCCCGAACAAGUCACCUAGGUUAGACCUUGUGUUCGAGGAAUGGGAUGUAGCUGGCCUGCCUUGGUGGUUCUUGGGCAACUUGAGAAACAACUACACACCUAGAAGUAAUGGCUCAACUGACUUACAGACAAAUCAGGACAUAGACACUGCCAUUGUUUCAGACACUACAGAUGACUUGUGGUUUUUGAACGAGUCAGGAUCGGAGCAGCUAAAUGUUGCAGUAAAAGUUGAAGCUCCUGAUAAUGAACAAGCAAGUGAAGGAGGGAAAGAGGGUGACAAAAAGUUGAUUGAAGUUAGGAUUUUUGAUGACCUUGAGGACUCUCAAUGCUUAAGUGAUGAUACAGAUACAGAAGUUACCUCUGAGGGUGAAUGGCAGUGCACCAAGUGCAAGAAGUUUAAUUCUCCAAGCAAAAGGUACUGUUUUCGAUGUUGGGCAUUGAGAAAAGAUUGGUAUUCAGAUUGCCCUAAGCUAUCCCAUUCCCUUUCUGUGUCCAAUAUCCCUGCCAUGCCAGUGAAGAAAGAUGACCCAGGAAUUGAUGUUCCCGAUUGCCGAAGAACCAUCUCCGAUCCCCUUGUCCGACCCAAAGAACCGUUUAAAAUGGAAGAAAAACCCAAACUGCUGGACCCUUGCAGCUCAGUGGAAUUCUUGGAUUUGGCUCAGAGUUCUGAAAGCCAGGAGACUAUUUCUAGCAUAGAGGAGCAGCCAGACAACCUUUAUGAACAGAAUACAGAUACAGAAGCUAUGGAAAAUUGCAAAAAUCUCUGUAAGCCGUGCAAAUUGUGUGAGAAGAGGCCACGAGAUGGGAACAUUAUUCAUGGGAGGACUGCCCAUUUAGUGGUUUGUUUUCGCUGUGCCAAAAGAUUGAAGAAGACCAGGGCUCCAUGUCCCAUUUGUAAGAAAUCCAUUCAGAUGGUCAUCAAAAUCUUUGUGGCAUAGCUGUUUAGCUCCCUGUCAUGUCAGGGCUCCACAUGUCGGUUGGUGAGCAUCUGCACUUAGAGUGUGGUCUUAGCAUGGCCUUCCCUCUUGGUUGUGUGUCAUUUCUGGUGAAACUACAUGGAGUUUGAGCAGGAGCUCUUUAGAAAUAGGGCACUCUUCCUGAAGAUUCUCUUUUGAGGACCUCUUAAAAUAGACAACAGGUUUUCAAAAUAAUUUCAUCUGACUGAAAAGUACCCAGAAUAGCUGCCCUCCUUUUCUUCACAGGUUGGGGUAAAUACAGAGGGAUUGAAGAGGGAGAAGGAGCAUGAUACGAAUAUGAACCUUUUCUAAGCUUUCAAGUUCCUGGAAAACUUUUAUUAUUGGCAACAGAAUCUCAAAUACCCAAGAUAAUUAGGAUAAAAUCAAAGCUAUCAAUUUGGGAACAAGAUGUUAUUCCUAAAAGCAUGCAGCUUAUGGCAGAGCGGUGGAUCUCUUCACUUUGCAGUCACAUUGUUCAGUUCUAACACGGGACAAGGGUCUUGAGCAAAGCAAAGUAGCCAGUGAUGCUUCUCUUUAGAAGGAGACUGAGUUAUGUUUAUUGAACUAGCCCUCAUAAAAGUGCUAGGCCACACAAGAAUCCUUGUACUUGGUGCACAAAACUGCAUUUCUGAAAGACCAGUAAUGCUCUCUGAGAUCUAGCAGUACCAUUCUUAUUUUUCAAAUGAAAAAAGUAAAGUUCAGGGAGAUUGUCAUAUACCCAAAGUCAUAUGCUUGUGACAGCAAGGACCAGGAUCCUUAGAAGUAUUUGAAUUGUACAUUUGAUUGAAACAUGGAUUAUUCAAAAACAUUUUGAAGAAUGUCACCAUUCUGAUGGUGCAAUAAGACCCUUAACAGUAAGUGAUAAAUUUUGGUCUUGAAUACUUAAACAUUAUUAGAAUUUGUUGUGACUAUUCUUGAAGGACUCUCUAGCCUAUUUAUUCUGUUUUCUGCAUGAAAAUGUGCCUCCGGAUUUCAAGUGACCUCUAUUCCCCCCCCUCUCCCCCCCCUCCUAUUUUGCCAUAUCAAAAGGUUGCUUUUGAGAGUAGUUAUUAAGGUAUACACUAUUUGUACCUAGACCAAGUAUAAAGCCAAUUGAGUUCUGCAGACAUUUAUUAACCACCUCUUAAACAUGCAAGGCACUGUUAGGUCCUGGGGCUAUGUAUAAGGACUCAAAUCCUAGCCCUCAAAAUAGUAAUUUUGUAAAGUUUUAGUUUUUUAUAGAGUGCAAAUUAAUAGAAUUUAGGGAGGAAAAAUGUAUUCAUAUAAUAAAGGGAAAGCUUAUCCAUUUAGGAAGGCAUGUGAAUUUAGACAGCAGUCAGAGCAAAUAUAUGGAUAUAUGAAAGUUUACAAGUUCAAUUUAGUAUUUCAUUUCUGUACAACUUUCAUCUCCUGAAUACUCAACUAUUCUUUCUUUAGCUUUUGUUUUUUAUUUGUCCCAUGUGUGAAAAAUUUUGUUUUUGAAAGAUCCUAAGAUGUGCAUUAGAACCCAGACUUAUAUGAUUGCUCUUGGAUCCCAUCCCUCUUCAAAAUUUCUAUUUAUUUUUAAUUUUCUUUCCCUCACUGCUAGAGAAACAAAUCAUACUGUAGCCUAAGUAUCAUGGAACUUAAGUAGUAACCAGACUCUUCAUGGAGUCUAGAGGGGAGAAGGGAAGUCUGUAUUUACGCAAACCACCCAGACUCUCCAGCUUCUUGUGAGCCUCAUAGAUCUGAUGCUGGAAUAAACAGCAGGCUGUCUCUUCCAAAUAGUCUAUGGUUUUAUAAACUUUAUUUGACUCUAAUUUUGAUUUUGAAAUGAUUUUAACGAUGUAUCUCGAAGUAACCUAUUUGUCUCUCUCCUUUUUAUUGACCUUUCAUCUGACUGUUGUAAACACCAUUAGUCAUCAGAUAACUAGCUGUAUUUAUAUAUACACCCACAUAUAUAUAUGUGUGUGUGUUUUAUAAAAACAAGUAGGUUAAAAGGACUUAGAAAGUUAGUGAAUUUCUAAAUUUUGUCUGAAGAGGCUUUCUAAUUGUAUUAACUUCAUACUCGCUAUACUUAAAAAUUUUGUACAGGUAUUUAGGUCUUAUUCAAGUCUUUAAAAUACUUUAAUAAUAAGUCUCAGAAGGUCAAAUAUAGCUGUUUGUAUUACCAUAUCUUAGUUAAGUAUUUAAAGAUCUUUAUAUUUCUAUAAGUUACAAGGAUUUUAGACAUUUCCUCCUCCCUCACCUCAAACCCAGUGUCUUUCUCCUGUCACAUGAAAUCAACUUUGACCCCUAGUCACCUGGCAACAGCAGACUGAUAACAGAUUUUAUUUUGGAUAUUUUUUUUUCUCUGCGUGCGUGUGUUCUUGUGUAUUUCUGUGCAUUUGUACAUAAGAGUUGUGGUUUGUUUUUUUUUUUUUUUUUGAGGGAAAUAUUUUGCUUUUAUAAUUGUGUGGGUUUUGUUUUUUGUUUUUGUUUUACACUUUUGUUUGCAUCAUUAUUUUGGUCACCCCUGAUCUCUCUUAGCCUCUCAUUGGAGAGUCAUUUGUAUGAAGCUAGUGCACCUUAGGUUCACAAAUUUUAAAAGCAUUUUUGGGUGUUAUUCACUGUUGUCUCUAUGCUUUGUAGUUCAUAGAACCUUAACUAGCUGGUUUUUCUUCUAGUGAGCUCUGUGUACUCAUGGAAGAAACACAUGGUUUAGAUACUGUGAAUCUUUCUCCCUCUCCUCCCCAUUCAGUUUAUCUUUUCAAAUUGUUCAGAUCCACUUAUAAUAAGAGUUAUUCAUAGAACUGAUAACACAGAUAUUUAAAUUUUAUCAAGAGAAUAAUAAUUUUAAACUGUCUAUGAAGAACAGUAGAACAGGCGCGAGUGAUAUGGACUCUUUGCACCUUAUACUUAGGAAUAUCUGAGGAACUUAUAAUCCUUUUUGCCAGAGGGGAAACCCAAAUGUCUUUUCAUUUCACUGCUACUAGAAAUACUACCAAAUAUGUUACUAUAGUGGUCCAGAAGCGUCUUUGGUUGGAGGUAUGCAUAAUGCAGGUCAGAGAAUGAAGGGAAUACAAGAUGGUUCGUAUGGAGGUUGAUCGGUGAGGGAAGUCCCAGGAUGGGGAGGUAGCCAUGUUAGUGUGGCUUCAUUUUUCAUGAGUGCUGGUAUACUCUUAUAUGCUGAACCUACUUGUUUUUUAUAAUCAUUGCUCUGAUUCUUGUAUUAGAGUUUCCAGAAUUAAUAAUGUGUUCUUAUGCUCUGAGAAAAGCAUUAAUGAGAAUAACCAACUCCUCUCCCUUUCCCCUUCUCUCCUUAUAAUCAGGUCUUGUUAAAGAAACCAGCCUGUUAAGUCUUAUUGAGUAUUUAAAUGUAGAGGUAGGUUUCCUCUACCCUCUAUCUAGUAAGAGGCUUUUUAAGGGAUUGUAAAAUGUUAGCUAAAUAGUUUUUGAAAGACAUAUUGAUGUAUAUUUCAGUAUUAUCUGAAGUACAGAAUGUUCUCUCUGUUGCUGCUUAUGUAUUGACCGGUAAUUAAUUUAUUGCUUCUUGGGUUUCUAGCUAGGUGUCUAAUGCCAUCCUUUUCCUAUUCUGGAUUGGUUGUACAAAAGACCGCGCAGCACAUGUGUACAACAUUUCCUCUAAGAGCAGCUAUUUUAAUUCUGUGUGUUAACUCCUUCGGGGAAAUGAGCACUACUGGUAUUAAGAUUUGUUUUUUCAUGUUCAAUUUCUGCCUAAUCUGAGGCCAUUGGAUUUUAGGACAAUGCUUCUACACUUAAAACCAAUUUGCAUAAGUCCUUUCCACGCCCACAACUAGUUUAUGUCUGUUUAGAACUCAACAAUUAAUUUUUGGCAAAAUUGUUGAUCUGUGCAGAUAAUAAUAUGGGCUUAUGUAAGAAUGGAAAAGAUGGGACAGCAAAUCUCAAUUUGAGGAACCAGAGGCUGUCUGAGCUUCUUGGCUUGAAGAAGCCUUCCUGCCAGCCCCAUGUGACUGAGCACUCUGAAACAAAGCUUAUCUUGCUAGUGCAGUGUUCAUUCUUGUCCUAUCAUUAGCCACUUAGGUUAGCUUAUUUUGUAAUAAGAACCAAAAUUUAUCCUUUGCUUGAUUCCUUUAGUAAGCCACUAAAAAUUUGGGGGGGUUUGAAAAAUAUCUUCAGAUGAAGUGCCUAAACACUAGCAUGCCUUCUGACUAGAAGCUUGGGCUUGGGGGAGACAACAUGGCAGAGGGAAAAUCAGGUACGAGUGGAGAGAGCCGGCAGCCAGCCAAGGGUGGGUCUGAAUAGGGAUGAAAACCCUUGGAGUGCAGGCUUUGACUUCAGUGUAUGAAGUCCUGAGCUCUGCCAGAGAAGUUGGGGUAGAGUAAGUAUAAAGAGCACCUUUGAGCAGCCAAAAGGAUCUUUGAAAAAUCCCUAUUAUUUAAUGCUCUUUUUUUUUUUUUUUUUUUAAUGAACUUAACACAGACAUUUCAAUAUAUAAAGUAGUAGUUAAUGGACGCUGCAUGUGAACUUGUGUUAGGUGGAGUUUAAGUGUAGACUACAUUUUCAAGUAGCAAAACUGUGUCCUCUUUGGAACUUUUCUUGAUUUUUCUAAUAUGUAUUUUUAAAUAUUGGUGCUCUUUAUAUCUUUUUUGAUAUUAAGCCUUGGAACAAAUAAGUAUGGUCAAAGUUACUUUAAACAUGUUGGUCAUAUCUGAAAAUGUCUUUUUCAUUCUGCCCCCCUUGGCUCACUGUCAGGAGAAAUGCCUCUCACCAUUAAGUUGUUUGACUUUGGGCAAGUCAAUCUCUGAACUGUACUUCCCUCAUCUGUAAAUAAGGAUAAUAAUAUCUGCCCUGUCUACCUCAAGGGUUGUUUGAGGAUUACGUGCUUUAAAAAGUGCUAAAGCUUUUCAAUGAUUCAGUUCCUGCAAACAUUCUAUCUACUACAUAAAAUAGCAGUAAUGGGUAGUAUUACCCUGUUGGCAGACAGCUCUUGGGCAGAUAUAUCAGGUACUCAUAUCCAGAACAUGGGGCACAUAAACUCACAGGCCUCCUUGUCUGGCAGUGAGCUUGAUUAGGGUGGUGUUAAACUCCUGUCCAAGCAACGUUUCACCAACUUUUGCUAUGUAGCUGCUGCAGAGGACCAAGUUAGGAUAAUGGCUUUAUGGAUGUUUAUGUAGUUUCAGGUAAUAAGUUUCCAGCAUGUAACUGCCAUACCAUUUUAGGGGGAACACAAAAGUUCUCUUGUUCUUUGCACUUGUGUAGUUGGUACAGAAGUCACUGCCAGUGGGCCAAUAAGCAUGCAGCUCAUAUUAGAUUUUUGUACAAGUGCUGAAGCAAGUAUUUUUAUUUUAAGUGUCAGAAGAAAGCGUUAUUAGCAAUUUCUUGAAUGGUUCUAUAACAUGUUCUGAUGUGAAAAAAAAUGUAUUUUUGUUCUUAAUCUAGUUUUCUUAAGACUAAUUCUGCAGCACCUAUGUAUAUUUUGGCAUUUGCAAUAUUUAAUGCUUUUGAAUAAGUACUGAAGCUGUAUUUUGCCCGUUACUAUUAAAUAGAUCUUUAAUUUUGUCAUUGUGAUGCCAUUAUUGGAAAAAUAUGUGAUUUUACUUGUAUGAGUAAAAUUUCCAUUUCAGGUAAUGACAAUCUGUGCAUGAUUUUGGGGGAAGGAGAAGAGAGCUGUACUGCAAUAGAGUCAUCGUCAAUUUUAGUAGAAACAUCCAUAAAUACUUGGUAGUUGAAGUGAUGUGCAGUAUCUCCUUCAUUUUCCUAAACUUUUGGAAAGCAAAUUCUCAAGAGUUCAAAGUGGGGUUCUUUACCUUUUUUCCUUUUAUUUCUUCCCAUUGCCCACAAUCUUACAAUUCAGGAGUGCAGGAGUAAUAUCACCACAGUGUGAUAACACAGGUCCUUGCUGGGGAGAUCAUAAAUUUAGAGCUGUAAGGGACCAUUGAGUAGUGCAGCCCUUCCUACAACCUCAUUUUGCAAAUGAUAAAGCUGAGGCAUAGUUAUGUCUCAUGGGUUGCUCAGGAUCAUUGCAGUUAAGAAGUAUGAGGUGGGAUUUGAUCUCACAUAACUCCAAUUUCCUGGUCUAGUGCCUUAUCCACUGCUUAAGUUUUGCUCAUCAAGCCUGUUUUUCCAAAGAGUCAUCCACCCAUUCAAGUGCAUUUAGUAUAUUAAUGGUGGGGAGGGGACUUCUCAACUAGUAAUUCUUUCAGCAAACAUUUAUUAAAACAUCUCCUUUGUGUAACAUACCACACUUUUCCAUUGUAACUUUUUAGCUUCAGUUUCUUAGAUGUUUAUUUUAACUUGAUUUUUCCCCUUUUGAGCAUGGAGGUAAUCAACUAUGGAUACAAUCUCCUUGCAAACAGACAACUCUAGAAUCCUUUUUAGUGACUUCAUGUUAGUGUUCUCCAAAUAAAGAGUUCAUUCACCCUAGAAAUGGCACUAGAGGCAAGGGAUAGUCAAUGAUGGAGUUUUAAAUUGAGGGAAGCUGCAAAGCCAGGCUGACAGGGUUGAAGAAACUAGAACUUGUCCAGGCUACUGCUGCCUCCCCAAGUAAAAGAUAAUUGGCGCUGGCAAAUCACAAUCCCAGCUCUUGUAAUCAAAUGUGUAUAAGGGUAAUGCAGAUGGAUGGAGUAGUUCUCCCACCAGGGGGCACCAGUGGCACAGUUCUUUGAAAAGCAGCUGGAGAAGAGAUAGUUAACCCAACUCCAAAUAGAUAGUCCCAUUUAACCAACUCAGCUAUUUAGUGUAACACUUCCCAUGUUCCCGGCGGUAUUUAAAUGUUCUUGUUCCUUGUACUUUGAAGAAUCUCUUUUGUGUUUGUAAGGAUUCCAAACUACUCAAGUCCGUUUAUUCAUUUCUCCAUCUCUAGACAACUUUGCAAUAACUUUUUUAAAAUGAAAAAUCUGCAUAUCUCAGUUCCUUUUCCCCUGGUUUAUGCAGAUGAGUAAUAGUGCUCUACAGUUUCCUUUGCUUCCUCUCAUCUAUUCUCUCUCCCUCUUGCCAGAAGGGUAGGUGGAAGAAAGAACCUAUUUUCAGUCAGAGCUUGCAGUCAUUGCAAACUCUUAAGCCAUGUCGCAUAUGAAAUUGUCAUUUUUGGGGGGAAUCUGUCAUGCUGAUUGGUAGCUGUCUUAUAAAAAGGUUAUUCUUUAGCAUGGAAUCCUUUUUUCUUUUUUUUCUCCCCAAAUGAAGGUGGGCAGGUGCUCUUAACCUGGUGUUAGUGAAUCCCUUGAGGAUGGAUUUCCAGGGGCUAUGAACUUACAUUUUUUUUUUAACUUAUAUUUUUAAAAAAAGUAUAUUUUAGUUAUUUAACAGCAUUGAUUUUCUUUAUAAUCUCAUGUAUUUUAUGCAUUUAAAAACAUUAAGAAAUUUCAUCAGCCUGCCAAGAGUUCAUGAUAGAAAAGAUUUAGCCCCACUAUAAGCACUUAUAAAAGGUUAUUUUAUUUAUAUAUAUGUAUAUAUAUAUGCACAUAUAUGUACAUAUGCAAAUAUCUUUGUAUCCUUUACUUUCAAUAAACUUUUUCUGGAUGAAAAUGUUGAAUGUAUGGAAUGUGUCUAUAUAGUUAGUACCUUCUUAGUCAUUUCCUCUUAACAGUGGGGAGGGAAAAGUGGCUUACCUUUCAACAUGUUUCACCAUUUCAGAAUUCAUUUAAUUUUUAUUCGAAGUGUGAUAUUUUAUAACUGGAAACAGUAGCCAAUCAAGAAAAAAAGUGAAAGGGUGCUUAGUUAAUCUACAAAUGUACAUAACUCUACUCAACAUUUUGCAGAA